GUGGACAUCCACAUCAUGACUCAGCCACCGUCCGGGGAGUGGGUCCACUUUGACACGCUCGUCACCAACAGCAGCGGGAGAAUCUCCUACACGAUCCCCGAGGAGCAGCGUCUGGGCGUCGGCGUCUACCCCAUCAAGAUGGUGGUCAGGGGGGACCACACAUUCGCAGACAGCUACAUCACGGUCCUGCCCAAGGGGACAGAGUUUGUCGUGUUCAGCAUCGACGGCUCCUUCGCCGCCAGCGUCUCCAUCAUGGGCAGCGACCCCAAGGUGCGAGCGGGUGCUGUGGAUGUAGUAAG